AUGCCUUAUACAAAAGAUUACAUUCAAAAAAAACUCAAGGAAAAGCUGGAUGCAUCUUAUGUGCUGCCAUUUUGGUGUUUUGCCUAUAAUGAGGCUAUCAAAUCUCGUAAAAAAAUGUCAAGCGAAAAGUUUUAUUACAGUGGUAAUUUAUAUUCAAUAUUCACAUUUGCCUUAAUUGUUAGAUGGUCAGUUUCGUUACAUUCGUAUUCUGGCGAGAAUACGCCUCCAAUGUACGGUGACUAUGAAGCCCAAAGGCAUUGGAUGGAACUAACCGUAAAUUUACCAUUAAAUGAAUGGUACUUAAACACAAGUAAAAAUGAUUUGAUGUAUUGGGGCUUAGAUUAUCCUCCUCUUACGGCAUAUCACAGUUAUUUAAAUGGGAAAAUUGCUUAUUAUAUAAAUCCAGAAUUUGUUGAACUAAAUAAAUCAAGAGGAUACGAAAGCUAUCAUCACAAAUUUUUCAUGAGAGCUACCGUCAUUUUCUCAGAUUUAUUAAUAUAUUUUAUGUCUGCAGUACUUUAUUGCAAUUCAUUGUAUGAAAAUCAGAGUGCCUCUCAAGUAAAGCAUGGAGAAGUAUCGGAGCCUUUUAAACCAAAGGCAAAGGGUUUACAUUUUACAAGUGCAUCUGUAUCCUAUUUAGCACAAUUAGUUAUAUUACUUUUAUAUCCAGAUCGAAUAAAAUUAGCCAAAUUUUGCAUUCUUAGCGUUCUUGCUACAUCAUUUAUAUCAUUGUAUGAUUUAUUUAGAAAUCCCACGAUAAAAAAAUUGUUAUUAUCAUUCAUCAAUGUAUCAUUGAGUUUUUUUUUAUUCUCAUAUCAGGUUCAUGAAAAAUCAAUUCUUCUUACAGCUCUUCCCAUACUUCUUUAUUUCCCCUUUGAUCCAUUUCCAUGUUUUUGGUUUUUAUUGGUGUCUACUUUUUCAAUGUUUCCAUUAUUAUUAAAAGAUGGCUUACUCAUUCCUUUUAUUUCUCUCACUGUAUUAUUCACAUUAUUCGUUUUUGCAAAUGUUAAUUUUCAUUUGAUGUCGGAAGAGAAAAAAUUUAAACAAAAUUUAAAAGGGACAUUGGUUAAAAAAAAACAUAAUUUUAUUUUUACAAUUUUUAAACUCUCCAUAUUCUUAUACAUGAUUCUAUUCCUUUGUUCGCUUUUUGUAAAACCUCCAGAAAAAUAUCCAGACCUUUGGCCUUUGUUACUUUCAAUUUAUUCAUUUUUACACUUUUUCUCAUUUAAAAUUUAUUUUAAUGUCAUACAAAUAUUUUUUUCUUUUAAAGAAUAA